AUGACAUGGCAUGCAACAGAACGAAUAAAAGAUGGGAAAUUAAGGCAUCCAGGUGACGCUGAAGCUUGGAAGACAAUGGAUGCUACCUAUCCUGAUUUUUCAUCUGAAAAUCGAAAUAUAAGACUAGGUGUAGCUGCUGAUGGAUUUUGUCCGUUUCGUACAAAAGCUAGUCAUAGUACAUGGCCAAUUGUACUAGUAAACUACAACCUCCCGCCUUGGCUUUGCAUGAAACAAGAAAACUUGAUUCUUUCGACGUUAAUAUCGGGGCCAGAUUCUCCUUCAAACAGUAUUGACGUAUAUAUGCAACCAUUAAUUGCCGAGUUAAAAGAAUUGUGGGAUAUUGGUGUGGAGACUUAUGAUGCCAUAACUGAUCAAAAUUUCAAUUUACGGGCAGGGGUGUUAUGGACCAUCAGUGAUUUUCCAGGAUAUGCUAUGAUGUCUGGUUGGAGCACAAAGGGCAAACUAGCUUGUCCAGUGUGCCAUUAUGAGACAUGUUCAGAAUACUUGAAGCAUAGCAGAAAAAUGUGCUAUAUGAAUCAUAGAAGGUUUCUUGAUCCUUCACACAAGUGGAGGUUUGACAAGAAACGGUUCAAUGGGCAGAUUGAAAUGAGGCAGCCUCCGGAACCACUAACAGGAACUGAUAUUGAGCAACUGUUGGUUGGAUUUGAAAACCAAUUUGGGGAAAAGAUCAAUAGAAAGAAAAAGCGUGACAAUAGCAUCCCUUUCAAAAAGAAGUCUAUUUUUUUCGAUUUGCCCUAUUGGAGGCAUAAUGCACAUCGACAUAAUCUCGAUGUCAUGCAUAUUGAAAAAAAUAUUUGCGACAAAAUAUUAGGUACUUUACUUAAUAUUGGUGGCAAGACAAAAGAUCAUUUAGCUGCUCGUUUGGAUUUACAAGAAAUGGGUAUCCGGAAGUCCCUUCAUCCGGUGAAAUCCGCUGAUGGGAAAAGACUUGAAAUUACAGCAUCAAUCUUUGACAUGACAGAUAAGGAAAAAGACCUCUUUUGCAAGGUAUUGAAGAAUGUGAAACUUCCUUAUGGCUGUGCUUCUAAUAUUGGUCUUUAUGUGCACACACACGAGAGGCGAGUAGCGGGGUAUAAGAGCCAUGACGCGCAUUUUAUACUCCAUUACUUAUUACAAUUUGCUGUGAGGAAAUCAUUAAAAGAUGAUGUUGCAAAACCGUUGAUCAAAUUUAGCGCAUUCCUUAGAGGUCUUUGGAGUAAAGUUAUUCAUUUGGAUGAUGUCAAGCGGUUACAAGCAGAAAUUGUUGACAUCCUUUGUGAAUUUGAGAUUAUAUUCCCCCCUGCCUUUUUUGAUAUCAUGGUGCAUCUGCCCGUCCAUCUCUGUAGAGAAAUCGAAUACGGGGGACCGGAACACCUUCGAUGCAUGUAUGCUAUUGAGCGGUAUCUUGGCAAGCUAAAAAAUUAUGUCCGUAAUAGGAGCAAACCCGAAGGAUCCAUUGCAGAAGGCUACUUGGCAGAUGAGUGUGUCACAUUCUGCUCAAGGUUUUUAGGUGGUGAAGCUACUGAUUUUGGAAGCUGCUCCUCAAAUUCGGUUGAAUAUCAUAUUGGAACCAGAAGAAACAAAGAUGGAAAGGUUAUUCAGUUAUACGAUUCAGAUUGGAAAGCUUGUCAUACCUAUAUUCUAUUCAAUUGUGGCAAUCAAGAAAUUGAGUCACUAAUCGAGAAGCAUCGGACUUUAGUAGAUGGUGAUACAAAUAUAAAAAUAUAUAGAAGAGAACAAACACACUCUGAAGAUUUUUGGAAAUGGUUAAAGAAAGAGGUGGAAAAAAAGGAAAACAUUUCAACUGAUCUACAUGUGCUUGCAUUGGGUCCAAAUCGAACCGCUAGAAUUUUUAGCGGUUACGUGGUAAAUGGAUAUCGUUUUCAUACAAAGGGUAGAGAUUCCAAGUGCACAACACAAAACAGCGGUGUAUUUUUAACCGCUGAAACCACCAGCUUUGCAAGUUCGAAAGAUGAAAAUCCAAUCGUAGGGGCUGUCAAUUACUACGGAUCAAUUGAAGAAAUUAUUAAAGUUGACUAUUGGGGAGUAUUUCCUGUGGUUCUUUUCAAGUGUUGUUGGUACCAAGAAGAAAAGGAUUCAUUUGGUUUCACCAAAGUGAAUUUUAAAAAAUUAUGCUGCAAAUCAGAUCCUUAUGUCAUUGCUUCACAAGUACAGCAAGUAUUUUAUGUUGAAGAUCCGAUAGAGAAAAUGGUGCAUUAUGUUAUAAAAAAGUUGUCGCGGGAUUGGUGUGAUGCUGAGGACCUAACUGCUACUCAAGAACAGAAUGACCAAAACCAUCCUGAUAUACAUGAUUUUCAUAAUCAGGAUGGUGACUUUAGUGUGUUUAGAGAUGAUGUCCCAAAAAAACAUAUCCCUGUUUCACCAACUACAGUAAAAACAUUUCAUGUUUAA